CAUUAUAGUAUAAAAUAUGUGCCAAACGAAAUCCUUUUCCAAGGCGGGAACACCUUCAUGAUUCCCUCCAACCCCAUCUCUCUCUACCACUUUCUCUCUCUAAAAUCAGAUUUUGUUAUUCCUCCCACAGACCCCCAAUUCAGCAAAAACCCUAAUUUUGCAUAGAACCAAAAUUGAGCUGAUCUAAUGGAAGAAUCAGCCAAGGAAGCCACGGUCGUGGUGGCGACCGACGGUGGAGAUCUGUCGCCGCCGGAAAGGACGCCUGUCCGCCGGCGAUUGAUCCAGUCGACAUUGUUCCCGCACAGGUCUCAGGAGAGUGUGGUCAAAGAAAAAGAAGGUUGUGAUGGGGAUGUAGAACAAGAUGACCAAGACAAGGAGUGUUGCGGGAGUCAAAGCAAGAGGAAGAGAAAGCCAAAGCCGAAGGCAAUGUCUCAACCAAGGGCAUCUAAAAAGGUUGCUGAAAAUGGCAAAGAGAGUCUGAGCAUGAAAGUGGAUGACAAAGAUUCUGCAGUUAUAGUUAAGAGACGCCGUCAGAAAAUACAGCAGGAAGAGCAGCUAUGUGUUGGUUCACCUGAAGAAAAUGAUAUCACCUGUUCACCCCCAGAAUCAGCAGCCGGAGAUAUAAGGACACCUCGGCCGUUGAGGCGACAAGCAAAAACUACACCAGAGAAGCGACAAGCGAAAACUACACCAGAGAAGCGACAAGCGAAAACUACACCAGAGAAGCGAAAAGUGAAAACACCAAAGAAGAAAGCGAUGAAUAGUGGCCUAAAGGAAGCAUGCUCCAGUCACAUCUUAACUAAUCUCACACAGAGUGAACAUACGCCACAGCCAAUUCCCAAUCUACGUUUAGAGGCAAAAGUGACAGCUGAGGAAAAUUCACGUAUAUUUGCGGGAAAGCAAAUACAUCCAUUUUUCUCAUCCUGGAAAAUGAGCAGGAAAAACCAGGAGAGUACUGUGGAAAAUAACUGGUGCUCUGUUGAGAGAAAGGAGAAAAGCAUUACCUUCAGCCCUAUUCAUGUAUUUGAGAAGGUCCAGGAUGACUUUGGCUCCCUUGAUUGGGAAAAUUGGGUAAUUUCCGAAAAAAGCUUCAUUGGUACCAAUCUUGGUCUAGAAAGAGCAUGCUUACCGGUUUUUGAAGGAUCCGUCAAGUCCUUAAAUUUUGAGAACUUUCUCUGUGUUUCUCAUCCAACUGGGUCAUCAUUGCUUCAGAAUGGUAUUUGUUUGGAUAAAUGUCCUAUUCAACAAGAAUUUGUCUCUUUGGUUCAAUCACCCAUUGGAGGAGAAUCUCUGCAUCCAAUAUCAUCAACACCAUUGGCUGAUGAGCAAGUGACUCACAAUGAAAAGCUAAAGGAUAUAAAAGUGGACCGUGAAAUGGACUACGUUGAUUUCUUCUCCAGGCAUUCUGGCUGUGUGGGUAACCCAGAUGUUGAGUGCCAGGGUAGAUUUCUUCAGGAAGGGAUGAUGUCAUAUUAUCAAGGUUGUAACAAUCAGCCUGAAAACAGCCUAUGGACAAAUAAGUACCAGCCUCAAAAGGCCAUUGAGGUAUGUGGUAACGGUGAAUCUGUGAAGUUUGUAAGUGAGUGGCUACGUCUUUGGCAUGAAAGAGAUUAUCGAACCGGCAAAGAUUCCACCAUUGGUGAUAAAUUGAUCGUGCAAAACGCUGAUUAUAACUGUUACGGAAGUGACUGUGAUUCUGAGGAUAUAGCUGAAAUGAGUCUGAAGAAUGUUCUCUUAGUUACAGGACCAGUUGGGAGCGGAAAGUCUGCAGCUAUAUAUGCUUGUGCAAAGGAGCAAGGUUUUCAAGUUAUUGAGAUCAAUGCAUCAGACUGGCGGAAUGGAGCUCUGGUGAAACAAAGAUUUGGGGAGGCUGUAGAAUCGCACUGGCUUCAAUGGACAGUAGAAAAUCCUGUGGGUUCCGAGAGCAAGAUCCUAAAAUCCUCGCCCAUCAUGCAUGAUACCACAGCAGUCCAAGAGUUCAAGGAUGAAGUAUUUGAAUUGAUACCAUUAUCAGAUGAGGAAGAUUCUCAAAUUACCAGUGGAAUUCCUGGGAAAUUUGUAUGCGACAAUAGAAGUGCUAGUGAUCAAAGUGAAAUCAAAUCGUUACUUCUCUUCGAGGAUGUGGAUGCUACUAUUUAUGAAGAUCGUGGUUUUAUUGCUACAAUACAACAACUUGCGGAGACUGCAAAGCGACCUAUGAUAUUGACCAGCAAUAGUAACAAUCCUGUCCUCCCAAACAAUUUGGACAGGCUGGAGGUGUGUUUCACAUUACCAUCAUCGAAGGAGCUUCUUCACCAUGCGUACAGAGUUUGUGCUGCAGAAAAAGCCAAUAUUCAACCUUGCUUACUAGAGCGGUUUAUUGGAUAUUGUCAUAGAGAUAUUCGUAAAACCAUUAUGCAUCUCCAAUUCUGGUGCCAGGGUCAAAGACAUAGGAAAGAUAAUAUAGUUCAGAGAAUAUAUGAUCCAUUGUUAUUUGACCUUGAUGCUGGACAUCAAAUACUACCAAAAGUUAUCCCUUGGGGUUACCCUUCUCAAUUGUCUGAACUCGUGGAGCAGGAGAUCACCAAGUCAUUGUUGCUGAUGGAAGAGAGGUCUAGCUUAAUGGAGUUGGUUGAGGAAGAAGAGCUAAACAAUAAUGAAAUGCAGAACAGUGCAAAGAUGUGUGACAACGAAAUGAACAGUGUUGAGGCCAAGAAAGAAGCAAUGUUAAGCAGGCACUGCUCCAUUCAAGAUGACAAUAGUUUUGCAGCUCCGUUUGAUACAGCAUGUGAAUUCUCCAAUUCCUCAGGCUCCCCAGUUGCAUUUGCUCGGAGAAAUGUUCGGAGAAAACUCGAUACAGUACUGUAUUCCGAUUCUGGAGAUGAAUGUUUUGGUGAUGGGUUUCCCGUGGUUUCAAGUAUACUCGAGGGUACUAACAAUGAAAUACUUGAAGUGAACAGAAAGUCUCCAAAUUAUCAAUCAGCUGAGAGGUGCUUCAACCCAUUAUCUGAGCAGCUACUUCAUUCCGAAGGGCAGACAUUGGAAGAAAAUCAUUAUCACCAAUCAGAAACAGCAGACCGUUCACAGAUUGAUGUUACAUGCAAGUCAGUUGAUGUAUCCGUUGUGCCAGAAUCAUCUUUUGUUCCUGAGACUCAGAUUAAUAAUGGAACCCUGUUGUUUUCUAGAACAGUGUCUUGUGGUAGUGUUGCUGAUAUAGAAGAAGCAGUUUCUGCAAGCAUUGAUUUAAUGCAAAACUUUUUGCCGGUUGAAGUUAACGAUUUUAAUAAAUUCUCACCUGGAUUACAUAAAAUUUCAGAAAUCACAGAAAAUACCUGCAAUAUAGAUACGGUAUUGGUUGACGGAGAGGAGAUGGGAGAUUCUCACAUUGAGGGAAUGGAGGCUGUUCCAAGAGGGUAUCAAGUGAUGGAUGAGUGUAGUCGCAUGGACUUCUGCAGGGGAUCCAAGUCCAUUGAGAAGCCUUUGUCCUGGGCUGCGACUGAUUCUGUACAAGAAACAUGGAGGAAACUUCGUGCGUGUCACACAGACCUAAGACAGUAUGUCACCCCAGAACUGAAAGAUGCAUCCCAAGUUCUGGAACUUGCCUCUGGGAUGACUGAUCUAAUUUCAGAAGCAGAUUUGUUACUUGGUGACUGUCAACCACUGAUUUGUGACUAUUUGGAAUCGUCAAAAGUUCGUUACGAGGAAGCACAUCCAUUCAGCUGGUACGAUGACCAAUUGCAGAUGACAUCAACAAUUGCGCAACACGGGAUUUGCUUCUAUUCGAAGGAAAUUGCUUCUUUAGGAUCAAAUAUGGAUUCCUUGAGCAGGGUGGAUUUGGUCUUUGAGAUGCUAGAAUCCUCAACUAAUACAAUGGCAUUAGGGAAAUUGGUCAAUCACGAUAAGAGAACCAUUAGGAGUUCAGAGAUAGGGCCACCAAGAAGAGGCAUUCCAUUGGAAAGUGAAUUAAAGUCGUGUCUUUGCGACAUAGUUCAGUCCAUAAUUCCUUCAAGAUCGUACUUAGCAUCGAAAGGUAAUGCAUUCCAUGAAUAUAUUGCUUCAUUGGGCCAGAUUUCAAGAUUAGAAGCCUCCCGUUUAUCAAGAACCUUUGACAAGACAAAACAAAGAAGGAAACGUGCUGCACGACACUACUUGGGUGCUGGUGCGCUGAUGUUGUCCCCGGAAGAUAUUUCGUUGCUGGGUCAAAAUAAUUGCUAUCAGAAAGAUUCAUCCUAACCCGGGGAUGCAAGUUUCAGAUAGGACCCCCAAUCAAGGAAAAUCAACCGUGGAUGCAAUGAUCAUUUUAUCUUAUGUCCAUGAAGUGGUGAUUGGCUCAAUACAAUUAUUAUAGGAAACCAACAUUUAAUAGAAAGCAGAUUUGAGAGAGGCCAUUCAGCGGCUGCCAUUACUCGGUUUGGACUGUGCCGCCAGUGACCAUGGCCCGGCAUCAACUGACGGAUUAACUUUUCAGAUGAAGGAUGAGAAAGAGGCCAACAGAAAUAAGUAUGCUGAUCCCAACAUGGGAUACAAGUUAACUAAUCUCCCUCAUUGUAAAUCUUAUAGAGCUUCAUUUGUCUUUUACGGAAUCAUACAAUGCCAAAAGUGAUUGGUGAAAUAAAAUUUUUGGUCUCAGGUCCUUUUUGUUAGUCCUCAAAUGUUGUAAAGUAAUUAUUUUAGCUGUCUCAUUCUUCAAGUGCAAUUUGUAAUUGGAAGCUGGCUAAUCAAAAUUAGUCCCGCUAAUCAAAAUUAGUCCCGGAGUUGUUGCA